AUGAUCAGACUGCCAACCUUCCCCGGUGUCAUCCUCAACUACAAUACGGGCGGCAACACAUUCCAUGCCUCGACAUCUUAUGUCCCUCCAGACGUUCCACCAGGGGUGGCCACUGAUGUGCCACCAUUGGCAACCCAUGUCUCACCCGUAACAGAAGAAAGCCACGGUGACACCGAGGAGUUCCUCAGUUCCUCAUUAUUCUCCACCAUCGAAAGCAGCAGUGAUACUCCACCCCACUUCUUCACUGAUGAAGACUUCACGCCAGCACCGAAGAAGCCUGAGAAGGAUCCUAUUCCAUCCCCAGUUCAAUCGACACCACCAGCCCCAACAAAAACUCCUAGUCCACCACCAGUUCCAGUACAACCGACUCCUGCGACCGAGCAGUCUACUCCAGCCCGCUCUUUGACCAGCAAGAAGCGAUACAAGAGAACGACGGGCCGUAUACUUUAG